AUGUAUCUGUCCUUCAAGGCCGUCGAAGUGAUCGAUAUUGGAAGCGGCGGCAUGAUCACGGGAUUUCGCGAGCUGACCUCAUUCGCAGGCGACUUCGCGUUGUCUUACGUCACGGUGUCGAGUGAACAGGAUGCGGAAGAGCUUGCCACUUCGAUGGUCGAACAACGCGUGGCCGCUUGCGUUCAUAUCUUCCCCAAAGUGCAAUCAGUUUAUCGAUGGAAUGGAAAGGUCGAGAAGAAUUCCACGGUGAUGAUGUUGGUUAAAUCUCCAACUAAGUCUCUCAAGAGUAUGACCGACUUUGUGAAAAAACACCAUCCGAAACACCAUCCGUCCAGGGGAUGCGGAAUCGUAUCGUUCCCGAUAACCGAAGGGCAACACGAUUACUUCCAAUACUUGUACGAUGCCACGACCGGCGAUGAACACUAG